AUGGAGUAUCUCAUUCGCUUCAUUCAGACGCACGAGACCUUCAGAAGGGCUGAAAUCAAUGCACUUGCCGAGUUGAACGGCCUCACCAUCACAUGGCUCAUUUACUCUGACAACUCUCCUUUCGCCAUUGUUCGCUUUGCCGGACAAGUAGAUUGUAUCGAGGCCUGCAAAGCUUUGAUCUCUCGCUCGGUUCUGACAUUCGGCAUACAUGAGCUUUGGGGAGCGGGCAAGACCUACGAUGAGUUGCAUGCAGAUAUUCGCCAUCGCACCGAGCACCUUUGGGAGGAAUAUCGAACGCCUUCAUUCCGUUUCGAGGUCGAUUGCUGUCAUGGAAGCCGUUCGUCCAGCGAACAGCGAACGAUCAUGGAGUCUUUCCACUACAUGGGUAUGGAAGGGCCAAUCGUGAUGACCGAUCCUGAUCAUCAUUUCACCAUCUUCGAGGACUAUGAUCUUCAUACGAAAGUGCCCAGGCAACUUUACUUUGGCAGACUCAUGGCUGAAAGUGGUCGUAAAGCAAUCGCCAAAUAUAAUCUGAAGAAACGCAAGUACAUCCACACCACAUCGAUGGAUGCGGAGCUGUCUCUCAUCACUGCCAAUCUGGCAUUGGCUGCGCCUGGACGACUCGCCUACGAUCCUUUCAUGGGAACUGGUUCGUUUCCUUUGGCCUGUGCCCAUUUUGGUUCAACAGUCUUUGGCUCAGAUAUGGAUGGCCGCAGCAUCCGAGGCAAAAAGGAUCGCAGUGUCAUGGCAAAUUUUGUGCAGUAUGGCACGACCGGCUUUUAUCUGGAUGGCUUUGCUGCGGAUCUAACAAAUACACCCUUACGCGCCUAUCGAUACCUGGAUUCAAUCGUAUGUGAUCCGCCUUACGGUGUCAGAGAAGGUCUUAGAGUACUUGGGAGCAACAAAGCGUCACUCCAAGCAGAGGUGUUGCUAAAGGACGGCACUCUCGCGCAUCUAAAGAGUAACUACAUUCCACCGAAGAAACCGUACAGCUUCCUCCGCAUGAUUGAUGACGUUCUCGACUUCAGUACGACUACUUUGGUUGACAAUGGCCGACUAUGUAUGUGGAUGCCAGUUGCCGGAGCCGUCGAGGAUGAGAUCGACCCAGAUGCAGCUGCAAUAUCUGAUGAGAGACCCACCGAGAAAGAAUAUGCAGUUCCCGAGCAUCCGUGUCUCGAAUUGGUGAGCCACUGCAGGCAAGACUUCAACAAAUGGUCGAGAAGGCUGUUGUCGUACCGAAGACGAAAGGAUAGUGAGGUUGAUGCAGUGUCGCUUUCUGCAUAUCGACUACGUCGUGUACAGCUGCAAGAAGACCCUGGGAACAACGCGGGAACAGCGGAUGACUUGAACGAUUUUCGCAAAAAGUACUUUCAAGGCUUCAAAGACUGCUGA